AUGGCUGCGAAUAUGUACAGAGUCGGCGACUGCGUCUAUUUCGAGACGUCGUCGACGUCUCCGUACCAAAUCCGGCGGAUAGAGGAACUGAACAAAACGGCGUCGGGGAACGUGGAGGCAAAGGUCAUGUGCUUCUACAGGCGGCGGGACCUGCCCAACCCUCUCAUACAAUUAGCUGAUAAGCAUCAAAUGGCCCAGUCAGAGGACUCACCAGUCGCGAUGAAACUCAAAAAAAUAUGCCUUAAAACGCCUAUAGGAGAAGAACAAGCAGCACAGGCUGUUCUCGACCCUGCGAUAGUGGCGAUGGAGGAAGAAUCUACGGAUCUCCCAGGUACAGACGGGCUCGCGCCGAAGCAGCGGCACCAAGCGAAACACCGUGAACUAUUUCUAUCACGGCACGUGGAGACGCUGCCCGCCACACACAUACGCGGCAAAUGUACCGUCACACUCCUCAACGAGACAGAGUCGCUGCUCAGCUAUCUCAAUAAGGAUGACGCAUUUUUUUAUUGUUUAGUAUUUGAUCCUUCACAAAAGACUUUAUUAGCAGAUAAGGGAGAAAUCAAAGUUGGAAGUAGAUAUCAGACUGAAGUAACUAAUUUAUUAAAAGAAGGCGAGGAGGACACACGCAAGAGCAGCGAGUUAGAGACGCUGGUGUGGACGCCGGCGCACGGGCUGUCCGACCGGCAGAUAGACCAGUUCCUGGUGGUGGCGCGCUCGGUGGGCACGUUCGCGCGCGCGCUCGACUGUUCCUCCAGCGUGAAGCAGCCCUCGCUGCACAUGUCCGCCGCGGCCGCCAGCCGGGACAUCACGCUUUUCCACGCAAUGGACACGCUGCACAAGUCCGGCUACAGCAUAGAGGCGGCGCUGUCGUCGCUGGUGCCCGCGUCCGGGCCCGUGCUGUGCCGCGACGAGAUGGAGGAGUGGUCCGCCUCCGAGGCCAACCUGUUCGAGGAGGCGCUCGACAAGUACGGCAAGGACUUCGCUGAUAUACGACAGGACUAUUUGCCAUGGAAGACGCUAAAGAAUCUAGUGGAGUACUACUACAUGUGGAAGACGACGGACCGCUACGUGCAGCAGAAGCGCGUCAAAGCCGUCGAGGCCGAGUCCAAGCUGAAGCAAGUGUACAUUCCCAACUACAACAAGCCGAACCCGGCGCUAAUAUCGAACACGAGCGCUAGUAAGGGCGCCGUGCUUAACGGUGGCACAAACGGCACGGCCGCCGUCGCGCCCAGCCUCUGCGCCUCCUGCCAAGUGACAAAUUCAAACCAGUGGUAUGCUUGGGGUCCACAGCAUUUACAAUAUAGAUUGUGUGGCUCUUGCUGGCAAUAUUGGAAAAAAUAUGGAGGUCUCAAGACAGCGGGCGUGUUCGGCGAGAGCGAGGCGGAGACGACGCGCACCGCGCGCGCCGACGGCGAGGAGACCGCGCUGUCCGUCUCGCACCGCCCGCACCGCUGUACCGUUAUUAAUUGUGCUAAGGAGUUCAAGCUGCGCGCGCACCUGGCGCGGCACGUGGCGACGGCGCACGGCGGCGCGGGCGAGGGCGCGCGUCCCGUCAUGAAGACGCGCGCCGCCUUCUACCUGCGCGCCUCGCCCUUCACGCGCCUGGCGCGCCGCCUCGCGCGCGCGCUGCGCCGCCCGCGACACUACGCGCGUUCGCCCUUCUCGCCUAUCAACCUGCACCAGGUCAAGCACGAGUGCACGAUAGCGAUGGCGGGCCUAGGCGCGGGCGCGGAGAUGCGCGGCGCGGGCACGGGCACGCCGCGCGCGCGCGGCGCCGUGGGCGCGGUGGCGGCGCGCCUGGCGACCGCGCUGGGCACGGCGGCGCCGCGCGCGCAGGACUGGCUCACGCUCACGCCGCGCGACCGCAUGCCCGCCCCCAACCACGUCGCCUUCCCCAAGCCGCCGAAGGCGCCGGACGGCAGCCUGAUGUACGAGCGCGUGGUGUCGCGCGCGGAGCUGGAGGCGCGCCGCAGCGAGGGCGCCGCGCCCGCGCCCGCCGCGCUGCCGCCGCACGCGCUCGCGCCGCCCGCGCUCAAGCGCCGCGCCUACGACGACAUCAACGGCCUCGACAGAGGCGCGACGGUCGCGGCGCGCGAGCCGCACGCGCCGCCGCCGGCCAAGCGGCCCAACAAGCACCCGGCGCCUAUGCAGCGGCCCUCGCGCGAGCAGUACGCCGCCAUGUGCGCGCGCGCGCAGGCCACCGGCCAGCCGCUGCCCGCACAUGUUUUUACUCAUAUAAAUGGUAAACCCACAAAUUUGACCGGUCGCGGCGGACGACGCCACGUCAUUCCGUGGAUGGAGGCCCCCGACGACCUCUACUUCAGAGCCACCGAGACCGCCAAAGCCGCGCGACGGAGCCUGAGCGGCGGCGAGCUGCGGCGCGGCGCGCGCGCCCCGUGGCGGGCCAUGCGCGGCGCGGCGGGCGCGGGGGGCGCGGGCGCCGGCGGCAAGGCGGCGGCGGGCGGCGCGGCGCCCCUGCAGCUCGUCAUCCUGGAC